AACCGUUUCCCUCUCUGCCAAAACCCAACCUCAAGUCUCAACUCACUCUCCUCCCAAGAAGGCAAGAAUCAUAGAUUCACUCACUCGCCUCACUACCUCACUCACCGCAGUUCCGCACGUUCACCGCCAAACACAACGGCAGCCAACGACGGAGGACGCACUUGUCACUCCCCCUCGCCGGCUCCUCUGCCUCGUCGCCGCGCGGCCAUUGUCUGUUCGCCUCUGUCUUCUCCGUCUGUGUCGUCCCGGCCGCCUUGGCUCCGCCGUGCCACGCCUUUCUCUGCCUCCGCGUCGUGCCUGUUCUGCCUCUGCUUCCUCCGUUGUCAUCGUGUUGGCUCCUCUGCAGGCUCUGCUCUGCUCCUCUUCGAAGCUCUGCUCUCUCUCGCCGCUGGCCUGCUCUGCAAUGGUGCAACACUGCAACGGCCCCAACUUGGAAAACUGUCCCUGACUCUUUUUCUGGCUUUCUGCUUCUGCAGUGUAGUGUAGUCCCAUCUCUUCCCAAAGAUAUUCACAAAGUUGGGGUUCAACCAGCUUGAUCAAGUGAUCAAAAACCUCACAAAGGAAACUGAUUCCAUCAUCAUCAUAAUGGUUCUCAAUCAGGAAGAACUGCAACAACUGCCAGAUGACAAUUCUCAAAAUUCUGCCAUGGGGAACCAAUUGCCAAAUUGCCCUAUCAACAAUGCUGGAACCAUCAACAAGCAAUUACUAACUGCUCCAAUCAAAUCCGCUACCGAUAAGUUUCAGCUUCUUCCUGAGUUCCUCAAGAUUCGCGGAUUGGUGAAGCAACAUUUGGAUUCCUACAAUUAUUUCAUAGAAACCGAGAUGCAGAAAAUUCUCGAUGCUAACAAUAUCAUUCGGAUGACUAAGUUCCCGCAUAUCUACAUCAGGUUUUUGAAAAUUAGAAUUGGUAAACCUUCAGUAUCAGUAGAUACUGCUGUCGAGAAUAUUACUCCACAGACAUGCCGCUUGACUGACCAAACGUAUGCGGCUCCAAUAAAUGUUGAUAUUGAGUACGUGACGAGUCAUGAUGCAGCAGACAAACGAAGAAAGAAUAAUUUUUGUAUUGGAAGAAUGCCUAUUAUGUUGAGGAGUCAUUCUUGUGUCCUGCAUGGGAAAGACGAAGCUGAACUUGCAAGGCUUGGUGAAUGCCCUCUUGAUCCUGGUGGAUAUUUUGUAAUCAAAGGGACUGAGAAGGUGAUUUUAAUACAAGAGCAGCUUUCAAAGAAUAGAAUAAUUUUAGACACUGACAAGAAAGGAAAUAUUAAUGCAUCUGUUACAGCCAGCACAGACAAAAUAAAAACUAAAACAGUUAUCGUGAUGGAAAAUGAGAAGAUGUGGGUACAAUUGAAUGUGUUUCCUAAAAAGGUUCCUCUUAUGGUGGUAAUGAAAGGUAUGGGGAUGGAGAGUGAUCAAGAAGUUAUACAAAUGAUUGGAAGAGAUCCACGAUAUAGUUUGUUGCUUAUGCCAUCAAUUGAGGAAUGCUCAAAAAAUGGUGUAUAUACACAGCAACAAGCACUGGAGUACCUUGACUCAAAGGCAAAAAGUUCCACAUAUUCGAACAAUCCAUCUGAAAAGGAAGGAAGGGCAUUUCGUAUCCUGACAGAUGUAUUUCUGGCGCAUGUGCCAGUGCAUCAAAAUAAUUUUAGGGCAAAAUGUAUAUAUGCUGCUGUUAUGAUGAGACGCAUGAUGGAUGCAAUUCUGAAUAAGGAUGCAAUGGAUGACAAGGACUAUGUGGGAAACAAGCGGUUGGAGUUAUCUGGCCAGAUAAUAUCUUUGCUUUUUGAGGAUCUUUUCAAGACCAUGAUACUUGAAGUUAGAACACAUAUAGACAAACUGUUGGAAAAGGCAGACAAGGCUAAGCAUUUUGACAUUACUAAUUGCUUACAAGGAAAACCUACAAUCACUAAUGGAUUGGAAAGGACUCUCUCCACUGGUAAUUUUGAUAUUAAGAGGUUCAAAAUGAAGAGGAAAGGAAUGACACAGGUGUUGCAAAGAUUAUCAUUUAUAAGUGCUUUGGGGCAAAUGACACGAGUUUCGCCACAAUUUGAGAAGUCCAGGAAAGUAAGUGGACCAAGAGCUUUGCAGCCUAGCCAGUGGGGUAUGCUUUGUCCUUGUGAUACUCCUGAAGGAGAAGCUUGUGGGUUGGUGAAGAACUUGGCUUUGAUGACUCAUGUUACUACUGAUGAAAAGGAGGCCCCCUUAAUCUCUUUGUGUUACUCUUUGGGUGUUGAAGACAUGGAGCAGCUCUCUGGUGAGGAGCUUCAUGCACCAGAUUCCUUUCUAGUUAUUUUUAAUGGUUUGAUUCUUGGGAAGCAUAGGAGGCCACAGCAUUUUGCUACUGCAAUGCGAAAGUUGAGGAGAGCUGGUAAAAUGGGUGAGUUUGUGAGCAUCUAUGUCAAUGAAAAGCAGACAUGUCUCCAGCAUUGUGUGUACAUAGCUUCUGAUGGUGGUAGAGUUUGUCGUCCCCUUGUUAUUGCUGACAAGGGAAUAUCAAGAGUCAAAGAUGAUCAUAUGGAAGAGUUGAAGGAUGGAAUGCGCACAUUUGAUGAUUUCUUAAGAGAUGGAUUGAUUGAAUAUCUUGAUGUCAACGAGGAAAACAAUGCUUUGAUUGCUUUAUAUGAAGGAGAUGCCACACCAGAUACUACUCAUAUUGAGAUUGAACCUUUCACCAUUUUGGGAGUUUGUGCGGGACUAAUUCCAUAUCCUCAUCAUAAUCAGUCACCAAGGAACACGUAUCAGUGUGCUAUGGGGAAGCAAGCCAUGGGAAAUAUAGCAUACAACCAGCUAUGCCGGAUGGACACCUUGCUUUAUUUGCUGGUUUAUCCUCAGCGGCCUUUGCUGACAACAAAGUCAAUUGAGCUGGUUGGAUAUGAUAAGCUCGGAGCAGGUCAAAACGCUACGGUAGCUGUGAUGAGUUACAGUGGUUAUGAUAUAGAGGAUGCCAUUGUGAUGAACAAGUCAUCUCUUGAUCGUGGCUUUGGUCGUUGUAUUGUUAUGAAAAAGUAUACUGUCAUCUGCCAGAAGUAUGCCAAUGGCACAUCUGAUCGAAUACUUAGGCCCAAUAGAGCUGAUAGUUCAUCACGUCAGCAGAUACUUGAUGAUGAUGGACUUGCUGCACCAGGGGAAAUUAUUAAGCCAAAUGACAUCUAUGUCAAUAGGCAAUCACCAAUUGAUACUAGAAGUAACAUUAUUGGGUCUGCAGCAAAUUUGCCUGAUAGUAAAUAUCGAUCUUCUGCGCAAUCGUUUAAGGGUCAUGGAGGGGAAGUGGUUGACAGGGUGGUUCUUUGCUCGGACAAGAAUAACAACAUGUGUAUCAAAUUUAUAAUCCGUCACAAUCGUAGGCCUGAGCUUGGUGAUAAAUUUAGUAGCAGACAUGGUCAAAAGGGUGUUUGUGGAACAAUUGUCCAGCAGGAAGAUUUUCCAUUUUCUGAGAAAGGCAUUUGUCCUGAUCUGAUAAUGAAUCCUCAUGGUUUCCCAAGUCGUAUGACAGUUGGAAAGAUGAUUGAGCUUCUUGGAGGCAAGGCAGGGGUUUCAUGUGGCAAGUUUCAUUAUGGAAGUGCUUUUGGAGAAAGAAGUGGUCAUGCAGACAAGGUUGAAACUAUAAGUGAGACACUAGUGAAGCAUGGCUUCAAUUACAGUGGAAAGGACUUCAUUUAUUCAGGUAUCACAGGCUGCCCAUUGCAAGCAUAUAUAUUUAUGGGUCCAAUUUACUAUCAGAAGUUAAAACAUAUGGUGCUCGACAAGAUGCAUGCUCGAGGCAAUGGCCCUCGCGUUAUGCUUACUAGACAGCCUACAGAAGGGAAAGCUAGAAAUGGAGGUCUACGUGUUGGAGAAAUGGAGCGUGAUUGCUUAAUUGCAUAUGGUGCUAGUAUGUUGAUUUAUGAGCGACUCAUGUUAUCUAGUGAUCCUUUCGAAGUUCAGGUCUGCAGAGAAUGCGGUUUGUUAGGAUAUUACAACCAUAAGCUGAAAACUGGCAUUUGUUCAUCUUGUAAAAAUGGAGAUAAGAUUUCUACCAUGAAGCUACCAUAUGCAUGCAAGCUCUUGAUUCAGGAACUCCAAUCAAUGAAUAUUGUUCCUCGCUUGAAAUUGGCAGAAGCGUAAAGUCUUUUCAGAUAAAGUUGAGAGGAAAACUGAUUUGCUGCUUGGGACAAAUCAAAGGCAAAACGUUGCCAUUGACUACCAACUAUUCCUUCUUUGUAUAGGCGUUAGGCACAAGUGAUUUGCAAAGCUGAAGAUUAGUUUUCUUUUUAUAUUUCUAGGUGUUUUCUGUCUUUGUCAAAGGUAGUUAUCGACGGUUAAGGAAACUCCUUUUUCAUGAUGUGGUUUCUGAGAGUAGAACAAACUCUUAAACAUACCAAUCAAAGCAGCACAUCAACCAAUGAGCAUCUGAAUGUACAUAAACUUCAUGUUAUUAGAAAUAGAGUGAUGUUAACACUUCAUAGAAUAACGAAAGUGUUACAAGCUUCGAAGAC